AUGCCUCCCUCCACUGCCGACCGUCCAAAGAAACCUCGCAACCGCCAUUCGCCUGAGCAGCUCGCUGCACUCAACGAGUUGUACGAAAGGGACGAGCAUCCUGCCCUCGAAGUUCGCACUUCUUUGGCGGAGCAGCUGGGAAUGGAGACAAAGACUGUCAACUCUUGGUUUCAGAACAAACGGGCCAGCACAAAGAAACGAACCGUUGCCCAGCGCAGCCUUCCCUACGACAGCCCCCGGAUAAAUCCCCAGCUCCCCUCCAAUUCGUCCUCUGCUUCCACUACUCCCCGUCCUUCAGAACUGGGCGACUACCAGGACGACGAUUAUCUCCUUGAGCCUCCUCAUUUCAAUUCAGAGAACGACAGCAUGCCCAGGCGUCUCAGACUGCGCCCAACUCCCGACCAGGCCGAUGAACUCAAAAGGGUAUACAGUGUCAAUCCCCAUCCUACCACUGAACAGAGACAGAUCCUAGCCGAGCGCACUGGCAUGCGCUACCAGAGCGUUACCAACUGGUUCCAAAAUCAACGCAGUCUUGCUAAAAAACGAAAAGAGGAUGACCUAGAGGCGCCUAUGCAGGCCGAGUAUCCUUCAGAGACCCGGUCCUAUUCUGCAUUUCCUCCCGCCAACAGGCAUCCUUCAUUGGCUCUUCCCCCGGCCAACAACCAUCCUUCGCUAGCCCUUUCUCGAGGUCGACGUUCCCCCAGUGCACAGUCAUCGACACAAGAUGAUUCUCCUCCCAGUCUAAGGCGCUCCUCUUCAAGGCGGAGUGCGACUCCUUACAGCAUGAGCUCCCGUCUUCGGAGGGCCCGCCCCGAACCGCACCAAUUGGAGGCCCUCAAAGGCUUGUUUGACAAGAACCCCACCCCAACAAUCGAAGAACGCUCCGUUCUUGCUCACGAAAUCGGAAUGGACCUCGGUAAAGUGACCAACUGGUUCCGAAACUUGCGUCAGACAUCUCGGAGACGUGCAAAGAAGAGUGGAAGCGGUGACGACGACGAUGACUAUGGGUUCCCUUAUUCUUCGCAACUGCACUCCGCUUCAGCGUCACGCUAUGGGUCUCCUUCGUCCUCAUCUGAUGAUGCGAUGGACUAUGAUGAGGAGCCUCAUCCUACUGUCGCUCAUUCUGACGACAUUGGCAGCGACGAGGAGAUCCAGGAAGCCGUUACUCCAUCGCCAUCACCGUCGCCUCCUCCUCGUACGAUGCCGUCACCCUCUCGACAGCCUUUUGCUGUGCCCCUUGAUGCUCUGAUCAACUACGUCGAACUCGAACGUGCUACCAUGAAAUUCACUAGCGGUAUUAAGGCGGAAGAUGCCUUCCUCCUACUCAGCUUCCAGCAACAAUAUGUGCAUUAA